UCGAUUGCUUCCAUCCGGACGGAUCGGUAGGGUUUACUAAGAGAGCACGAGUCCUCCGAGGGUUCAGUACGAAACGCGCGCUCGAACUCGAAGGAACCCUCGUCUUUGAGAUUCCUUGUCUUCGAGAAGAUUUAAACGAACGGAGAAUAAAAGAUAGAUAAAUAUAUAAAAAGCAAAAAAGAAAAAAAAAAGAAAAGAAAAUUUUUCCGAUUGAUCUUUCGUAUUAAAUUCAAACGUUGAUCAUUUUUUGAUCUCGAUGAUUACGUCGAUAAUAAGAUUACGAGUGUUGUUUCUUCAAUUUUCAGUAUUGACUUGAAGAUUCCAAGGAUUGGUGAAGGUAACAAGAGUAAAAAUGGGUCCUGCGAUCGACAGGAUGGUGACACGAUUGAUUCUACUAAUCAUUCUUUCUUUUAUACCUGUAUGUCUUGGAUCUAAUACGAAAUGUCCAACACAAAAAACUUCACCAGGCAAAGAAGUGAUUUGUUAUACUUUCAAAUCAGAUGUAAAUCUACUCAGUGAUUCGAUUUGUAAGUGCACCACUUUGGUACAUCAAGGACAUGAUAUACAAAAUCUUUCUAUUUCGGAUAUUCAAGUAUUUAGCGAAGAGCUAAAAGAAAUGAAUCCGCCUCUCCAAUUUGUCAUUUCUAUCAACGAUCCUGCAGGCACUCUCAAAACUUCCGGUAUGAGUCGUCAGACAGCUGUCACGCGUUUGGUUAACAUUCUAAACGAGGUUGAUGGUGUAGAAUUAAAUGUCACAGCAGGUUCAAAGGAACGUCUUUAUCAUUUCGUCAAAGGUCUCAAAGACGAGAUGGUACGAAAAUCGAUUGACAAAAGGAUACUGAUGUCCUUACCAACGAAACCAGAAAAUUUGGCGAAACAAUUCGAUUUAAAGAAGCUUUCGAAAUACGUGGAUCUAUUUACGAUCGCAUCUCAUUAUUUAGUGGACGAAGACGAAAUCUAUUAUACUUUCCAUCCUUCCCGUGUGAUGGGUCUAUUUGACAUGCUCAACACGGAUAGCUUAGUUGAUCUGAUAAGCGGAUUAGGAGCGCCAAAGAGAAAGCUCUUGAUUUCGAUGCCAGCCAGUGCUUAUAGAUUCAAUUUGAAAAAUGAGACAGAGAAUGCACCAAGGUCACGUACCGAGGACAAAUAUCCGACUGUCAUCGAUAGGAAAGAGUUUUGCGAAUCGAUGGAUGACGGAGAAUGGACGAUAGAAAGAGAUGAGGAUCUCACGGGGCCAUAUGCUUUCAAAAACAAAACAUGGAUUGCUUUUGAGGACAAAAUUUCUGCGGGCAUUAAAGGAAAAUAUGUAAUUCUACGUGAUCUCGCCGGUUUAGGUAUUUGGGAGAUAGAAAACGAUUUAAAAAGUAAUUGCGGAAAAACAAUCACUCAUGAUGUCUAUCAAUCUUUUACGAAUUUUAAGAGAAAGUCGCGACACGCUGUGCUCACUUCAUUAGAAGACGAUCUUCAUCAAGCAAUGAUUACUUACCCAAAUAAAGCAAAAUCAUCUGGCUAUAGAGUAGUUCGAGUAGUCGAUACCGAGGGACAUAUUCGUGCAGUACGUGAAAAUACCCAAACUGAAUUUAUCUGUACAAGACAAGGCUACUUCGUGCAUCCUAAAAGUUGCAACAGAUUUUAUCGUUGUGUCAAAUUUAAUCAGAACAUAGAGAAUUACUCGGUCUUCGAAUUUGACUGUCCAGCUGGAUUGGCAUUCGACGAGCGUACGGAAGUUUGUGUUUGGCCAGGAUCUUUGUCUCAAGGAUCUCCAUGUCCUGGAAGCAGCGAAGUAGCACCUGCUCCUCAAGUUAGAUUUCAAUGUCCUCCUGAACCAGGAUACUAUGCUGAUCCACGAAAUUGUCGUUGGUUUUUUGCCUGCAUUGAUUUAGGUGGACCUGAAAUGAUGGCUUUCGAAUUCCGUUGUCCGUAUGACUUGGUCUUUGAUCAGGACAAAUUAGUUUGCGAGUGGCCUUGGUUGGUACCUAGUUGCUCAAAUACUGGAUCGGGCUAUACAAGAAGCGAAUAUGACAUUCAUUUUAAUGGUGGAUCGUCUACUCAAGGUGCAGGUAGAUUUGUUACCGGUGGAAUACCCGACGGAUUUUCAGGAACAACUGGUGGAGGUUAUUACGAAACCAGUGCUGGUGGAUACACGGAUUCAUCAAAUACACGAUUUACUGGUUCAUCUGGCACACGAUUUUCUGAUUCAUCUGACACACGAUUUACUGGUUCAUCUGGCACACGAUUUACUGGUUCAUCUGGCACACGAUUUACUGGUUCAUCUGGCACACGAUUUACCGGUUCAUCUGGCACACAAUUUACUGGUUCAUCCGUUGGACAAAUUGACGUUGGACAAUCAAGCUUGAAUACAGAUUACUCAAAAGUAACUGGAGAAUAUUCAACAGGAUCAGGAUAUACUAAUGGUGCCACAGGAUACGGAUCAAUUACUGGCUCACAUGGAAUUGGUGGACAAUAUACAGGAAGUGUAUCUGGUGGAUAUAAAGAUUCAACAAGCACAGAAUAUAUUGGAAUUCAAACAAAUUCUGGAUAUUCAGGAUCAUCAGGAUCAUUAAGUAACGUUUAUCAGGGUUCUACAACUGGGCUCCAUACAGGAUUAGGAUAUACGGAAAGUAGCAAUAGUUUGUCAGGUUCUACAACUUAUUCACAAUCACGUGAUCAUAUAUCUCCUAAUUCGGAAUAUUCGCAAGGAACAAAUGGCCCAUAUCGAGGUUCUAGUAGUACGAUCCAGGCUGGCAGUGGUUCUGUGGGAUCAAAUAUUGGUGGAUAUACCAUAUCGACCAGUACAUUAUCAGGUUCCCAAUAUACUGGAAAUUCCGUAACAGGUAAUGGAUAUUCUGGAUUAACUAAUGCUGGAUCAGAUUCCCAAUAUACUGGAAGUUCCAUAACAGAUAAUGGAUACUCUGGAUCAACUAAUACUGGUUAUAAAGGAGGAUCUGGAGGAAUUGAUUCCAGUUUAGGAUAUACAGGAUCGAUAAGUUCGGAUACACAAGGUUUUACCGAUCAGAAAGGAUCUGGUGGUUAUUCUGACAGCACAUUAUAUUCAGGAAUAACGAAAGGAACAGGAGGGGAAGGAAGAUAUACAGGAUCGUCUGAACAUGGGUAUACUGAUUCUUCAAGUACAGCAUAUUCUCAAAGUUCUUCUAUUUCUGGAUCUUCAACUGGAAUCGGACACUCUGAUAUCGGACAGUCUGAAAUCGGACAACCUGGAAUAAUUGAUUAUUCAGGAUCUACAAGAUCUGAAUAUACAGGAUCCGGAUAUACAGGAUCAGAUUUUUCAACGAAAACAAAAUAUACAGGUUCAUUUGGUGCGGGCCACUUAGGAGAUUCUAGUAAUGUAUUUACAAGACCAACGUCGAUAAGUUCAAAUUAUCCUGGUGAAUCGGUAGUAGGUAAAAAAGUUGUACCAGGAGUAUUACAAGGUGAAGAUUAUGGUACAACAUCGACAUUGAUACAAGGCCAUGGAGGUAGCAAUUCUCAAUAUUUUGGAAAUUCUAAAGAUUCCGAAUUACCUAGUUAUACUAUACCAGUACAAAUUAUUAGUGAAAUACCGUAUUAUAAGAAUGAUGUCACAGGUAGUAGUUCAGUAAAAGGCAUUAGUGAAACCGAAAGUGGUGGAAAAGCUGGUUCUGUUUCUACAUCAUCAGUAUUUACAAAUUAUCCGGGCCAAACAGGUACAUACGUUAGUCAUCACACAGUAUCUUCUGGUCCUAUAUUUUCUAGUCAAUCUGGAAUCAAAACAAGUCAUAGCAGUGGUACUGGAGUAACAAGCGCUUUUGGUAAAAAUAGAUUUACAGAAAGUAAUUUGAAUAUUACGCUAAUGCUUGAUAGAACUUCGCCUACACCUGGCACAUUUUAUCAACAUCCUGGUUAUUCUGAUGGUUAUAAUAUUGGACAAGCAAACACUGGCACUAUCGUUACUGGUACUAAUAUUGAAGGAGCCAUAGUCACUGACGACUCCUCUUCUGGAUCUCUUAUUACUCAAGGAGAUAUAUCUGGAUCAAUAUUAACAGGAUCAACACAACAAGGUGCUGUUAUCACUGGAAGUAGUCAACCAGGAUAUGUAAAAUCACAAACUGGUACUCCUGGUUAUGUUGUGAGUGAUGGAGUUAAAACUAUCUACUCUGGAUCAGCUAGUCCAGGUACUUUCUUGCACGGAUCCAUAUCCCCAGGCGUUUCAUUAAGUGGUACUCCUACUUCUGGUAUAAUUCUACAUGGACAGAAUACCCCAGCUGUUCACUUAACCGGCCAAACUUCUAGCGGUGUCGUAGUAGGUGGAACUGUUCAAGAAGGUACUACUGUUGGAGGCUCCAUAGGAAGUCAUCAUUAUACUGAUUCUGGAUCAUCAAUUUAUAGUGGUAGUAAAGAUUACAGAACAUCGAUCGGUACGCUUUCCGAUAAUGUGCCUGGAGAUAAAUUGCAUGGAGUUCAAGGUGAAAUAAGUUCCCCAGGAUACUCUUCAAUAAAAUCUGAUACAUUCACUCAAGGCGGAUUUACUAAAACAGGACCCACUAAGACAGGUUAUGUAACUGCGAGUUUAGGUGGUAAAGGAUCUUAUGUCGCCAGUACUGGUCAACGAGUUACAACAAAUUAUGAUAAAAUUGGAGAAAAUGCUUUCGAAGGAAAUGCUGGUUACACGAAAACGUCUAAAAUCUUUUCGAAUGUAGCUACAUCAACCGAAGCACCAGAUGCUACACACGUCGACACAUCAAAAAUCACUUUAGGUCCAGCUAUAUCACAUUCAGUAUCUAAUAUUUACGAAAAUACUGGUGGUAUACAAUCUUCUACGUCAAGUUCAGUUUCUUCCACAAGUGGCAAAGUGCCUUAUACAGUAACGACACCAUCUUACCUCGAUGUUGGAAUUUAUCAAACACCAACGAUUGUGGAUUCUGCAGGAGUGACGCCUAUAUCUACUGUAGUGAACACAUACAACAAGCCAGGCUUCGUGACUGGACAAGUUCCAACAGGAUUUGUUGAACAUAAACAAUCAACACCUACAGUAUCCUCAGGAAUUUACACUACUGGACCUACACUUGAAAACUACAAGACAACAAUUUUCGAAGCAUCUAAAAUUCCAAUAUCCGUAUCUACCCUUCAACCAGUGUUCGAUAACGAUUACAAAACUGUCAUUUCUCCAACUUCUAUUCCAGUGAGCUUGACCGGCGAUACAUACACUUAUAAGGAUAGUCGCUUCAAUACUGGAUCUCUUUCCACGCAUGCACAAUCUGUCUUCGAAACCGGAGUUUCCCUCCAAUCAACUGGUUUAUAUAAUCAAACUGAUCACAUUUCUGUUACCACUUUACCUUCAGCCUCUAUAUCUUCUGGAUAUGUUCCUGGAAAGUCAAGGCCAUCGACAAUAUUUGGAACUUACGAACAACCGACUGUAACACUGCGACCAAAGGUCCAAUAUGUACCUAGUAACACUAUACCAUCUGUUUCAAAUGGUUUUAAUGGAUAUACUUAUACAGAAGGGAACAAACCAUUUGAAGAAAGUGUUACACCCUCGACAAUAAUUCGUCAGCAAUCCACAGAAAGUAUACGGCCACAGUACGUAUCAUCAACUACACCGUCGUCUUCUGCUAUUGGAGUGACCUAUACGAAACCAAUCUCAAUACCUGAUAUUACGUAUGAUCAGACUACUCCAGAAUCAAUUUCGAUAAUCGAUGACACAUCAUCUAGCCAAGAUUACACGUCAAAAACAAAAACAUCAUUUGGAUCGAGCACCACUUUUGGAGGAUCACCAACGAAUUUGGAUAUCUCUCGGGAUAAAGUAAAGACUCUUGUCAAUAACUACAACAGAGGAACAGUCAAAUAUAUUCCUAGUGUGUAUGACACUUACACUGGAAUCGACAGUACAAGUUCUACAGGAUCAACUUACAGUGGAUCAAGCAGGAAACAAUCAUCUUUUUCGUCUUCAGUUGGCCAAACUUACGUGGGAUCAACGAGAACGCAAAGUACACCAAUUAUAACGACCUAUUCAGGUGGUUACACCAAAACAUCAUCAGUAACACCAUCUUAUGAAAUAAGUAUGAAAACAACUGCAGCUCUAAGCAAAGGCAAGGUUAUUGUUAAGUGGAGCGAUCUUCAUCCGUUACUUCUUAGCAAACUCGGUGCAGAGUGCACUUGCAAAGCUGAUCCUUUUGCAAAUCUUCGUGGUCCUGGUAAGAAAUUAAUUGACUCGUCAAAGGGUCAAAUAGAUCUUGCCAAUUACGAUGAGUCAGAUGUCUAUGUCGAUCUCGAAAAUGAUGGCUCGAGCGAAUACGAUUAUGUUACAAAUUACGACUCCUCCUCGCCGAAACCCUUCAAAAUUGAGAAUAAGGCCGUCACUGAAACUACUCAACCUUCCUCAACCUAUUUACCAAGUAUAUCUACCUCUAUUAAUCGCAGUUAUAUUCCCGGUGUAAGAGCAGGAAAGAAACUGGAACAAGGUAGCUCGAAUACCAAUUCAAUUGCUACAUCAACCAGCUUUAAUAGCUUCGUUUCAAAAACUUUUGAGGAAGCCGAUAAGAUUCUUGAAGGCCCCAAUGAUUGUGCCAGACCUGGCCUCUUCAGACAUCCAAACUUCUGUAACAAGUUCUACGCUUGUCACUGGGACGAAUGGAAAAAACGAUUCACUCUGCAUGUAUUUAAUUGUCCGGUGCAUUUAACCUUCGACAACAAUGCCGAUGCCUGCAACUGGCCCAGCAAGGGACCAGCCUGCCAAGAUGGUAACUUACUGGUUUAGAAUAUGAACUGCUUCUUCCGUUGUUCGUACUUUGAUGAUUACGAACAAUUUUCUUCUCUGGUAUCGUUUUCUUCUUCGUCUUUUGGAAUUUUAAGAACUGUUGAAACGAGUGUAAAAUUGAGAGAUCACGUCAAACAUAAUGGCAAUCACUGGCAUUCUAUCGUCAUGAAUCUUGCUAACUAACUUCUAAAGAAAGCUUACACCGAGGUACUAUUAUUUUCAACGAAUUUGUACAUUCAAAAAGUUCUCCCUAAAAGCAUAUAAACAAAAUGAACGAAAUGGAAAAAAUAGAGAUAGAAUUUUACGAAAAUUUUCAACUGCUUAAAGACACGUUUAACAUCAAAAGAUUAACAUAACAAUAUAUUUAUCAAUUUUUAUUCUACCGUACUUUUUUACUGACUUUUUUUCCGACGAGUUUUCUUUCUUAAGAAAUACGUCGGUAAAUCUGAACAAAAGAAAUAUACCGUCUCAUUUAAAUAAUUUUUAAAUAAUUUUCUAUGAGAAGAACUAAUUAUUUUCAAGGAAAAGUAUGCGCUUCUUUGUUUCUUUCUCAGACAAUAACGUAGAAGUUAAGUAACGACGAAUGAUUCGAAAGAUUCUUUAUUUUUUCGUUUCCUGUAUGAGUACAAAUCUAAACAAAAGAUCGCAAAGACGUGGAAGUUUCUCUCAAAAUUUACGACAAGAAGCUAAUCUAUUCCAGUUCGAGAAGAGGAUGUAAAAGACAAAGGAGAUCCAAGGCAAAUGUAGUGGAAACAUUGGACACGCGAGAACACAUUGUCGCCUCUCGAGUUAAAGUGAAAGUCGACACCGUUGUGAUCGUUGAUCCAAAUCGACGCGAGAAAUCGAUAAAAACGAUUCCGAUACAAUAUCCUCGUGAGCAACUGUAAAUAACUUGCCUUUCCUUAUUUUUCUUUCCAAAUUUGUAUAUAUCUAUUAGUAUAUAUGCAUAUAUAUAUAUAUAUAUAUAUAUAUAUAUAUGUAUAUGUAUAUAUAUAUAUGUGUGUGUGUGUAUAGGGUAUUGUCUCUUUUCUUGGAAACAUAUGAAAAGAGAAAUUUGAACGAAGGAGUUCUGGAUUAAUUAACGAAAGAUUCAUGAGAAAAUUGAUAAGUCGAAUACUCGAAAAUGUUAUUAGUUUUUAUAAUGACUCGUGUGAGUAUAUAUUGUUCAUAAGAUUAAUUAUUUUAAUUAAGGAAAUUGUACGUAAUUUAACAAUACAGAAUUUAUCUUUAAUCGGUAAUACAAUUUAACGAGGGAUUCGUUUGAAACGUCUGAAUUACCCAAACUUUUCUUUUUUUGUUUUUAUUAUUAUUUUUUAUUUAACUCUGUGUUCAAUCCGUUCCUAUUUUGCUCUAUUCGCUCUGCCACGCUACGACUUUGUCGUCAAUUUUAUUAUCUAUUAUUUAUUUCGUUCGCUUGUUUUAAUUAAUUAAUAGCUUUUAAGUGUGGCGAUUCAAAUGCAAUAUCGAUUUUCUUGUCUAUCCUUCUAAUGUAACUCUUUAUUUUUUCUUCUUUAAAUAUUACGAAUUAACUCUCUAAAAUUUUUUUAUAUCUAAAAAAAUUAUACAAUGUGAAACUUAUAACUUAUAUUAGUAUAACUAUACUAAGUUAAUCUAUAUUCAAUAAAUGUUAAUAUUUGGGUACGAAGUAACAAUUAAUUUUAUAGUGAAAAAUGAAAUAAGACUUAAAAAAAGUACAGAUAUAUAAAUGCCUGAUUUAAAAAUUAUAUAAUAUUUUAGAGGGUUAAGAAUGUUUUCUUAGAUAUUAUUAUCUUCUUUGCACCCUAAGUUAAAGCUUCUAUCGUGUCUAUCGCGUCUGUCGUGCCAUUUCAUUAUGGUUACCUCCUGUUAAUGAUUAUAGAAUAAAUGUGAAGUAUAACAAAAAAAUGUAUCCUUUCUUUUUCUUUUUAUCUUUCAAUAAUUAUUCCUACUCCUCAAAAAUUUGUAAUAUAAUAUAAUGAUAAGAAAAAUAUGUGUAUUAUACGCUGUACUACAUAUUUUAUUUUAGAAUAAAGUUUGAUUCACAUAUU